UCUCGCACCAACCACCCAACACAACACCAUUACUCUACUCUCGGUUACUAAAAGCAUAUUCUCUCUCUCUCCUCCCCCAUUUUCUCUUUACUCAUAUCCGUUAACAGAUUUUCUCAAUACUGUUUCCUUCUUCUUCACAAUUCUCAUCGUUCACAUCGUCACCACUAUAAUAUAUAUAUUUUUCAGAGAAUUAUUUUUAUUUGUUUUUUGGUUUUUUCGUAAUGGAUCUAUGGACCGUGCAUGUCAAGAGCACACAUCGGAGUCCCUUUUUGCUCAGAAAUUCGAUUCCCGACAAACCCAUUUCCUGGAAUUCGAGAAAGAUGACUUCUUUGCAAUUCGUAGAGGGAAGGACUCUCGAGAUCAGGGUUUCCAGGCGGAAUGUUUCUUCUGGGUAUCAAUCGCUUGUUGUCAGAGCUAUGGGAAAGAAAAAUCAUGAUAAUACUAAUUCCUCUUCUUCUUCUUCGUCUUCUUCUUCGGGGAAUGGUGAUCAGUCAAUUCCAGGAGGAGAUGGUACAAAAGGAAAUGAUUCUUCCUCAGAGAGCAACAAAUCUAAUAAUGACACUGCCUCCCAGAAUUCCCAUCAUAAAACCUUGGACUGGAGAGAAUUUAGAGCAGCUCUCUAUGAGAAGGAACAGGUUGAAACUGUGGGUGGUAUUGGUUCUCACAACCAGGAUGGGGCUCAGCUCAAGUCCAAACCUCUCGGUCCGAAGUGGGCCCACCCAAUUUCAUCACCUGAGAAUGGCUGCGUUCUUGUUGCCACAGAAAAGCUUGAUGGGGUCCGCACUUUUGAAAGAACGGUCGUUCUCCUUCUCAGAUCCGGAACUAGGCACCCACAAGAGGGGCCAUUCGGAGUUGUCAUAAACCGUCCACUUCACAAAAGGAUUAGACACAUGAAGCCCACAAAUCUCGAUUUGCAAACUACAUUCGCUGAUUGUUCUUUGCAUUUUGGUGGACCCCUUGAGGCAAGUAUGUUCUUGUUGAAAACAGGGGGGGAAAAAUCUCAACUUCCUGGUUUCGAAGAGGUGGUUCCUGGCCUGUGUUUUGGUGCUCGAAACAGUUUGGAUGAAGCUGCUGGGUUGGUAAAGAAAGGAAUGCUUAAGCCUCAAGAUUUCAAAUUCUUUGUUGGAUAUGCUGGGUGGCAGCUCGAUCAGUUGAGAGAGGAGAUUGAAUCUGAUUAUUGGUACAUAGCUGCAUGUAGUGCAAAUCUGAUUUUUGGGGAGUCAACAAAUUCUUCAUCGGAGGGGUUGUGGGAAGAGAUUUUGCAGCUAAUGGGCGGUCACUACUCAGAACUGAGCCGGAAGCCGAAACAAGACAUGUAACUGUUUCUGAGAAUUAAGAAAUUGACCUGGUAAUCAAUGCGAGGAAUGUGACAAGGGUAUUCAUGUGAAUCCAAAUGUACAUAAUGGUGGCAGCAGAGGAGAUUUGAAGUCGGGUAGUUCUUUGUUUUUACUUCUGUAGAAAACUUGGUAAUUAUGGUUAUGUAAUUACUUACUCUUUUUUCUCGUAUUUAUUUGAAGAAAGGCUAUGCGGUUCUAAUAAGACCUUUUUUUGUAAGGGUAAUUAUUUAGUAAUCUCGGAGUAUAGAUACGUGGUAUUUUAUAGUAUUAUAAUUGGUGGAGAAGGUGGGUAGGUGGGAUAUUGUAUUGGGUAAUUGGGGAAUAUGAAAGACAUAUUGAAUGAUAAUUGGUUAGAGAGUACAAGCACGUAAUACUCCGGAAUUAUUGAAUAAUUUUCUUUUUUGUUA